CCCCGCCUCUCCCACGUGAUUCCCUUCCGUCGCUCCACUCCCGCCUUGUGUUUGCAAUCCUUGCCUUUUUGUUUCUUUAAUUAUGGCGCUUUUUCGAUCCAGUCGUGUUGAAUGCCCUUCCUCGGCAAUUCAGACUUCUGGUGGCAUCUGCACAUGGCCAGCACUAGGGAAUCGGUUUAGUUGGGUACUGUUGGCAGGGUGCGAGAGAGGGAACGAGGUGCAGGGACGCGGGUCGUGGGUAUCGGAAGUGACGACGAGCCAGCGAACUUGGAUCUGUGUUGUGGUAUUCUGCUGGGGUAGCACUAGAGAUGUUCUAUCCGAUCUAGAUCUGCUGGUAUUGCUUUUGGUCCUCGAGGAGGAGGGAAUGCGACUUGGGCAAAAUCGCUAGCGUUGGCAAUAUAAAUCUGCAAAUGUGAUCGGUUCGGAGUUGACGUUUCGCAUAUCGGGCUGGAGAAUGUUUUGCAAAGAAUGACGGCGGUGGUUACCGCAACUAGGGAGUGGAACAUCCAAUGUGCUUGGAACAGGAUCUAAUUUUCUAGCUUCUCAACCGAAACGAAAGGAAUUUCUGGAAAUGCACAAAAAUUCGAGUUCGAAUUUUCCAGUUGGGAUUUAAUCAGUCGAGCCAGCAUCUGGCUUUUUCCACCAUGGGAGCAGAACUCCUCUCAAAAGUAGAGAAUAGCCCUGUAUCUCAAAUUCGUAAACCAGAGAAUGUUGAAGUUUUGGAUGUGUCCCUGUUAGACAAGCCGAUGAAGGAGGUAUCAGAUUUCGGUGACACCAUUGGCAGUCCGGACUCGGUAUUGAGCGCAAGGCCACAGGAGAAAAUAAGCGAAAUUUCGAGUGGCUUCGAACCCAUGAAUGAUGCAGAAUCCUUCACUUUCGACACUCCCGGAAUUACCACUAGAAAUGGAGAUUUCGGUGCCGAAAAGGCUGCAGACCUAGAUGUUCAUGCUGGAGAGAAGAUAUAUUCAAUUGAUCCCACUGGUGUUGCACCAAAGGAGGCUCUAUUUCCGGCUACUGUUGUCAAUUCUGAUAAGCCUGAGGAUAUUUCCGGCGAGAAUCGUAAUGCUCUAGAAGCUGUGCCUUCAAUGUCGCUAGAUUCAUCUGCCAAGGCCAGUAUUGCUAAUGAGAUUCAGGAGAUGGAGGAGAUAAGCCUUGAAGAAGAUCGAGGGCAGAGUACGCCUGUUGAGAAAGGGGUUGUAACAUCUGAGUCACAGCUUGGAAUGAAUAAAAUGGGCACUUCAUCUGAACAGGUGGUUCUCCCUAAAAAGUCUGUGUUGCAACUGGUAAAAAAUUGGUCAAAUACAGAUGAUUCUGAUGCUGCUGGGGGAGGCACCAAGCCGAUAGCCACGGUUGUCAAAACAAAGCAGAUUGCUUCACUUCUGAAAGCUAAGGCUGAUGACUCUGCAGCUGGGGGAGGUGUCAUGAAAAUUUCUUCACUUUUGAAAGCCAAGACUGAUGACUCUCCGCCUGGGAGAGGCGUUAUGAAAAUUGCUUCACUUUUAAAAGCCAGGACUGAUGACACCGCGGCUGGGGCAAGCGUCAAGCAAGUUGCUACGGUUCUGAAACCCAAGACCGAGGACUCUGCAGCUGGAGGGCUCGUGAAGCAGUUGGCUACAGCUUUGACUGGAAAGGUCGAUGAAACUGCGACUGUGGGAAUCUUCAGUUCUAAUCCCACAGCCACGACAGUCCAGACAAAUGACUCCGAUGUGGAUGAGGGAGGUAGCACCCCUGAUCCCACAGUUACGAAAGUCCAGACUAAUGACGCCGAUGUGGACGAGGGAGGCAGCACCCACAGUACUACGACUGUGAAAACUACUACUGAUGAUUCUAAUGCAACUGCAGGAGUCAGCAAGCAGACUGCUACAGUUCUGGAAGAGAAACAUGUAGCGGAACCGCAAUCGAGCACAGUCGACUCAGAAGUUGGUGAGGAGAGCACAAUCGAGUCAAAAGUCAGUGAGGAGAACACUGUCGAGUCAAAAGUCGGUGAGGAGAGCGUAAAGGUGGACCCUCCGGUUUCCCUUGAAGCUCCUGCAGCCGAGUCGCAAUCGGCUGUAGUAGAGGCCUCGGUAGCCGAAUUGCAAGUCAAGACCGAAGUGGCUAAACCUGUUGAGAGGCCGGAGCGCGACGAUAAAUUCGCGAGCGCAAUUGAAUCUCUUCCGACUUCAAGAUUUGCAAGAGCGGCGGAGAUUUUGGAAGCAUCUGAGCCUUCAACUCCUCCUACACCUGAAAGAGCUGGAUCGUCAGUGAUUAGGCUUACAAGACAAAUGUCGCGGGUGUCAACAGGGAUGGGGCCCAUGUCUCCAAGGUUCGAGCUCCGUGCAGCCAAGGAAAUCCAAGACCUGCAGGAAAAAGUGAAAAAUUUGGAAGAAGAACUGAGAAGAAAGUCCGCGGCGUUCGAAACCCAAAGCAUUAACUACAAGGAGAAGGAGAGCGAAUUGCUGAACAAGAUCGAAUGCUUGGAGCUUGCGAAUGAGCAACUGCUUCAAGGUGGGAACGACUCUAGCAUCCAACUGCAAAUGGAACUGACACGCCUGCAGCGACAAAAUUCCGUCCUUCAGCUCCGCGAGCGUGAGCUGCAGUUUCAGAUCAACACGCAAGAAAUGAUCAAGUCCCAGAUGCUGGACAACAGGCCUGCUAAAGCGGAGGCAACCAACCCGGUCAACGAGCUGGAGUCCAAAGUCGCCAUCCUGGAAUCCAAACUCGCGGAAGCCGUCGAGGUGAGCAACAUGUACAAAAUCCAGCUCCACGAGGCUUUCACCCGGCAAAAAUCCGUGCAGUCCGCUGCACUGCUGAACCUGGGCGACGGUGAAGACGUCCUGAAAGAGCUGCAGCGGUUGAGGAAACAGACGAAAGAGCAGGAAGCUGAGCUUGUGGACUUGCAGGACCGGUUCUUCAUCACAACCGUGCGCCUAGCCGAGGCUGCAGCUCACAAAGAAGAGCUCCUCUCCAAACUGAAGAGGAUACAAGGCGUACGGUAGUUCCUUCCCAUCAGUUUUUUCCACGGGAUUUGCCACACCGAAGGUGGGUACAUGAUUUACCAUCAUCCUUGUCAUAUUAGUGCCCAGAAAGCUCAUAUGCAUUACAUGUGUUAGCCACAGACAAAUCUAUAAGCUCCGGCGGCGAAUCCAGCGCUGUAACUAGGCGGCGCCGUGUGUAACCUCCGCAACAAAGCGCUAGUGUAAGCAAGCUCCACAACUAGUGAGCACUAGACAGAUCUGUCUCGCCGAGCUUUACUCGGUGUUGCAAUUGUCACUAAAUCACUGUCUUCCUCGUCGAAGGAUCAGUCGAUCAGUCGAAGCAUCCCCACUGCUCUCGAUGCAGCUGUCGGUGGAGCCACUCUUCACCAUUUUGAUGUUGUUUCUUCACAUCCGAUCAGCCUUUUUCUAGUCCUGAUUCCCUUUUGUUCCAUCCGAGUUGUAAUAGUGCAUUCUUUUUUGUUAAGUCUAGGGUAGCCAGUUUAGUUCCAGUGGUGAUCAUUAAUACAAGUGAAAUGUCGAAAUGCACGAUGUCACUCUAUUUCUUUUUCGAUUUCUUUUGCUCUGUAAACUUCUCAUGUAAUUUAUUUUCCAAUCAAAUUGAGAUUGAAGUGGAGCA